AUGCCUGUGAUAUCGAUUGAUGCUCUACUAUUCCUUCUGCACUAUCAUCUCUGUUUUCUCUUGAACCGCUGCACUACUCAUCUGGGUGACAUGAAGCCAGAUUGCUCUUUAUCCUCUCACCAGCUCAAGAAGCUCGACAAGAACAUGGGAGACAGUACCAUUAUUGAUCGUGAUGCACUCACCGAAUCACAGAAAUGGUCAUAUAUCACGGAUAACACAUUGAAAAUGAUGAGCUUGGGAUUUCUGUGCGGCGGUGCCGUUUCAAUGGUUGUAUUUCGCUCGGUCGCGUCUCGCGCAGCUGUCACCGCGUUCGGCACAGGGUGUGGCAUUGGAAAGUCGUACGUCGAUACGAAGUACGUUUUAGGUCAUGAUGUUGCUGCUGAAACAGUCUGGUCUGCGCAAGUAGCACCACCAAAGAGUAGCAUGUAA